AUGGUUGUUUUUCAUUGUGGUGGAUGUGGCGAAGCACUUAAAAAAAACCAAGUCGACAAACAUUUAGGAGGCGUAUGUCGACGAGCACAGACACUCUCUUGUAUUGAUUGUGGAACAGAUUUUAGUCGUGAUUCAUAUAAAGACCAUAUAAAAUGUGUUACUGAACAAGAAAAAUAUGGUGGUGCAAAUUAUACUGCACCAACAAAUGUCAAUAAAGGUGAAAAGAAACAAAAUCAAUGGUUUGAAAUUGUUCAAUCAGCUAUUAAUCUCAAUUCGGGUAGUCCACAAGCACAAAUUUUAUUGAAAAAACUUCAAUAUUAUCCAAAUACACCACGAAAACGAGCAAAAUUUAUUAAUUUUACUAAUAAUUCCAUCAAAGGUUUUCCACCACGAACAGUAGAAGAAGUAUGGUCUAUACUUGAAACUUUAUUACCAAAGCCUGGAACUAAUGAAGCUAAUCAACCGAAAAAAAAUGAUACAGAAGACCAAAAUACAUCUGAAGUUCCAAUUGAAAAUGAAGAAACGAAUAAAUCACCAACAAAACGAAAACAAAAUUCUGAAGAUGAUGAACAAUCAUCCAAGAAAUCGAAAACAAAUGAUGAAGAUGAAGAUGCUCAAGAUGAUAACAAUCAAGCAGUACCAACGAAUCCUCGUUUUGAAUGGUAUGAUGAAAUAAAACGUGCACUAAGUAAAGCAACUGAUCAAACACUCAGUCUAGAUGUUUUACGGAAAAAGAUUUUCAAACGUUAUAAAAAAUUAAAACCAAAUCAAGAUAAACAAGAUGAUGGUUUAUUUAAAAAAUUAGAGAAAAAAAUUCAACGUGCACCAUUUGUUGAACAAAUCGAAAAAAAUGUAUUUCGAUUAUCUGAAUAA